AUGAGCCACGCCGUUAACGUUAAGCAUCAACUCGAAACCACUAAGCGCCUGCAACGUUCGCUUGUCAAUCCUACAUACAGGGCUCAAGUAGGUCUCAUGGUUCAUGAGGAUGAUAGCCUGAUGGCUCAAGCGAACGAGCAGCUUGAACGCGAGCUGCAACAGAGUCAGAAACUCACCCUUACUACAUACCAAGCGCCUCGACGUGUGGUGUCUCUCGGCAUCUCCCCCAGCUACGCAAGCGCUAAUCCACGCAGGAAGGACGCCAUCAUCGAAAGAUUCGACCUUGACCGUCAGAGCUUCCAGCCAUUUUUGGAAGACCAUAGUGAACAUCUCUCAGUCGUUGUUCCCGACCAGCCAGGGGACCGUAAGAAUCGACGCGCACUAGGUUUCAUUCAGUACGAAAAGGAGGCCGGUCGAAUCACGAUAAUCGAUCCUGCCCUCGACAUAGCAAGCCUACGUUACCAUGUGGGGAGGGACGUCGCUAUGGUGAUCGGCAGAACGCGGACCAAGCCAGGCCGACCCGUCGCGCUAGACGCGUUUUUGGAUUGGCUCCGCCUAACGACGAUAGACAUUCGCGGCCUCACCUACCCUUCUAGUCUCAUCCCCACGCAACAUAGCGACUUGAUCCUUAAUCCCCAGCUACGAGGCCAGCUCUAUCACAAUGGAAUCACUUUGACCAAUACCACCGUGGGCGGCGCAUUCCUCUUCGCGUACAAUUUCGCCUAUUCGUCUACCUACCGCGAUCGUCGCCGACUAGCAUCCUAG